AGCACCCCUGGACCCUCUGACUUCGGCUCAUGACGAGCUAGAUACUGCCGAGUAGGUUGACCCCUCGGUGCUCAUGGGAUAGCUAUUGGACAGCUUGCGAUCACCGAUUAGAGACAAGAAAGAACCGCGACGGCAUCAAUGUUUCGUUCAAGAUAUGGUUAUCGAGAGCGUGGCGACACUGGUUUGAGUCAGGUUUCCGAUCCGGUAAUGGUAAUAGACACCGGUUCACUGGGUAACUUUCUUUUCCUACGUUCUGUUUACGUUCGCAUGCCUUUCGCUCUUACCUCUUUAUACCUUUGUUCUUUCUCUUUUCCUUGCUUUUCUUUCUUGUUUUUGCUUGUUCCCCAAUUCAUGUUCUCUUCGUGACCAACAGAGAACCAGAAGCGAAGGACCAUGUAGAGAUUUUUGGAAGCAAAACCAACCAGACGAUGCGAAGGAAAGGGAAGAUAUGGACAGCUGGUCGUUCAUGGUUGCUUUGCUCUCUGUGUGCUCUCUGCUCUUCCCCAUCUCCAUCUCUGAUUUCCUUAUCAUUUUCCUUUUAUCUCCCCUCCUAUUUUCGGAUCAUGGCUUGUGUUCGUUUGUUCAUCGAUUGGUAUUUAUUGUGGUCAGCAGCUCGAAUCAUUUCCGACCCGGACGUCGAGCGAUCGUUGAUUCUACUUGCGCCAAUUUAGUCGUCCCUACGUGUGUCCCCGAUAUCCGCGUUCAUCGUCCGUCUUGAUCGCAUUCUAAUAGGAGAACGAUUGCCAUCCUUUCACCGUCCAUCACGAACGGCUAAGCUUCGCGAGAUCCUUUUCGUCGAUCUGUCGUUUCGGCUACCGACUCAUGAUGUCAUAGUCCAGUAGAAGUAGCCGUAAGUACCAACUCCUGUAUGGAAACAGUGUAUCAUAAAAUGGAUGUUUGACAUUUUCGAUGCUUCAUCAUCCACAAUGCUCCAUACGGGUCGUUCUUAGUGUCUGUAGCAUGAGAAGUGACAUCUCGAGCUCAUGCCGAAAGGCGCCACGUACACCCAGUCCCUCCCUUUUCCACAGAUAUAUGAAAGUGAGGCUUGGGGUUUGUCAACACCGGCAUGGCUUGAUCGUCGGUCAAUGGCUUAGUUCCUACUUGUUCCUAGUCGUUCUCGAUCCGUUACAUGAUUCUCGGCUCCUGAAAGUUCAAGGCUGAUUUGG